GAUUUAUGACGUGAGCCGUAUAUUAAGCGAGAUCCAUAGGAGUGGCCCUUUUAUAGUAGACAGCUAUAUAGUACAAUGACCUUAAUUGACAAAUCAAAUAUAGGUUACCCACUUAUACUAUAAAUCAUCCAAUAAACAAAUUCAACUACUGGCAAAAAAUCCUACUAAUUCGUAAAAUAUUUUGUGCCGAUUGUAAUUAAAGCUAAUGGUUUAUUUUUUUAAUGUCUCCUCACCUAUGGUUUCUAAUGUCAAAGAUGAAUCUUAUGUACCACUGUUUGUGCGCUAGCUAUCGGAGAAAUUGAAGUGUAGAAUUUAAGAAAUCAGUCAGUUGUAAAAAAAUAUAAAAUAUACAUAUGUUUUAAAGUUUAUAUCUUGGUAGAGAGUCAAUUUUCUUUUUUAAUUUCUAAAAUAUGUUUCCUUUUCAGAGAAAAUUUUCAUUCGCUUAGCAUAUUACAAAUAAGAGCAAACCUUUAAUUACUUUAUAAUGAAUUUAGUGUUUAUUGUGUAUUUUGAGUGGAUAGAUAUUUUUUUAGUUUAGAUUUACUCUAUACAUUUUAGAUAUUCGGCACAAAGAUAUUUCAUGUAAUAAAUGCAGUUCUGCUGAUAUACAUGGAAUGAGAUACAAAUGUAACAAUUGUCAUGAUUAUGAUUUAUGUUAUAUAUGUUACCAUGGAGAUAAACACAAUUUGAAUCAUAGUUUUACAAGAAUUGAAACGCCGUAUUCUAAUGGUAUUUACCUGUCACCUCGUUUAAUUUCUAAGAAGUGCCAGUUGCGGAGUAUCUUUAAGGGUGCAAGAGUUGUUCCAGGUAUUGAUUGGGCUAGAGAUAGCCAAGAUCGAGAUCAACCUGGAAUUGUCCGCGGAAUAACUAGAUGGAAUAAUUAUGACUCUUGGAGAUCAGCUGCCUACGUAAAGUGGGAAGAUGGAAGUGUACAAUUGUGCCGAUUAGGAUACAAGGGACAUUGUGAUAUUCAGCUUGCGGCAGCAGCCACAGGUAGCAUUUAUUACUAUCCAGAACAUCUUCCAGUCUUGGGUCAAACUAUGGUAACAGAAUAUCAACAUGUCAUUCAGAAUGAACAUGUCAGUGAAACUGCGAUUAAUUCUCGAAUGAUUGAAAGUACUUUAGAAGAUAGUGAAGAUACUCCAGUUUGUAGUGAUGUUACUACUAGUGAUGAACGAUUGAAGCAAUUAGAAAACAAAAUAAUGGAAAUGGAGGAAAGCCAAAUUUGUGCAAUUUGCAUGGAAAAUAAACGUGAUAUGGUAUUCUUAUGCGGACAUGGCACUUGCUCUACUUGUGCUAACAGCCUAGUGUCUUGCCAUAUAUGUAGAAAGACAAUUCAAAUGAAAAUUCGAAUUUAUUAGAUCUGGUUUUCUCUUGCUAUAACUAUUUUUUUAUACCAACAAUCUGAAAAUCUAUUGUGUAGAAUUAUCCAUACAAAAAUAUUACUAAAAAUUAAGAUUUAUAUUUUAAAUUGCCAGUGUUGCGAGAAACAACUACUCUGCAUGCU